ACACAGAGCAAUCAAACAUCAGUAGCGAGGUAUUUGUAAACACGUUUAGUUCUCUUAAAGCUGUAGCAACUCAAGUUCGCAAGCAGAUUGGCAAAAUUACAAUAAUGGACAAAAAAGCCGAAAAAACAUCCACAACUGUAACAAAAGCGGAUUCAUCAGCAGAAAUUAGAAUGCCACCUAAGUUGGAAGCCAUGAUCAAUAACGCUUUCACUGUCGACUGUAAAUUUAUUGUUGGUGAAAAUCUUGGAAAAGCCCAAACAAUAUUCGGACACAAAUUAAUGUUUAUCUUACACUCUGAAGUUUUCGAAUCAAUGUUGUGUGGGCAUUUUCUGGAAGCCAAAAGUACAGAAAUUCCCCUACCCGACGAUGAUCCGAAAACGUUUCGUAAUUUACGUCUUAUUUUGUAUAAUCUGCGCGAUUCUCAAACAGAAGUGAACGAGUUAGAUCUCAGCGAUACGAUCAGCUUGUAUAAGAUGUGUGAUAAAUAUAUGUUCAAGGCCAUCUCAAAAUUAUGCGUAGAACAUUUAAAAAGCUUCAUAGAGGAUAAUCAACGUGAUUGCAAUAAUGCGGUGAAAAUUUUUCCCGUUGCUAUAGAUUUGCGUAACAUCGACCUACAGAAAAAUGUUGAAACUACACUAUCAAUCAAUUGUUAUCCUCUUCUGUCAAGUCUAAACGAUUUGAAUCCACAACAUUUUUUGAAGUACAUUGAACUGCAUACCAAACAGAAUCAAAAUGUGGUAAAUCAUUUGAAAUUAUUUGAGGCCAUAGAAAACUAUUUAACAGUCAACGAUUUAAUACCCCAAGAGUUGGUGGAUACCGGGGAAAGUUUGCAAAAAGCUGCUACAACUAAUUUAUAUGGACAAGAAGCCAUGGUGUUACUAAGCCAGGAACGAUCAUUAGAGUUGUUGCAAAAACUUCUCUCCCACAUUGAUUUUGUUAAAAUCAAAAUCGAAGAUUACCUCAAAGGGCCGGGUGUUUCGAAAAUUCUCACAUGGCAACAAAAAUAUAUAGUUUUGUCACAACUAUGUACUGUUCCUAAACCAUCUACGAUAAAAUUGUUUCAAAACUAACGUAUUUUUUUUUUUUUUUUUU